UUAAAACUUAUGUUUGUGUGUAGGUGAGAAGUUGGGAUUCCCCGAUCAAUUAAACAUGGAUGAGGAGAGGGAUCCAGUAGAGUUGGGCAUGGCACUCGGCGCAGAUUCGAACAUGAAAGAAGACAGCGUAACAGCUAAGAAGAGGGUAAAACGGUGGGCAAUCACCGCAGAAGCGAGCAUGGAAAGAGAGAAGGGGACGCUUGAUCAAGAUGAAGAUGAAGAUGAUUUGUGUGUAGGUGAGAGGUUGGGAUUUUCCGAUCAAUCAAACAGGUCUAAGGAGAGGGAUCUAGUAGAUCAGUUGGGCAUGGCACUCGGCGCAGAUUCAAACAUGAAAGAAGACAAGGAAACAAGUAAGAAGUGGAGGGCAGAUUCGACACUGAUCAGCUCAGAUUCGACAAUGGAAGAAAACCCUGUACAGCCUGAGGUGUGGGUGCCAGAAACCUCGCCAAUCUUCGCAGAUACUAAGAUGGAAAUAGACAUCAGCUCAUAUGUGACAAUGGAAGAAUACCGAGUACCGCCGUGGGUGCCAGAAGCCAGGGUAGUAGGCAUGCCAAUCUCCGCAGAUGCGAACAUGGAAAUGGACUGGGAAACGCUUCUUGUAAGAAAUAUAAGUGCUCGUUCCACACAGGGACUCCACGCCCCCGCUGAUGAAGAUGAAGACGCGGAGCAUAAGAAAUUAAUGGACCGCCGCAUGCACGCGCAAGCGACCCAAGGAAAUGUUGAUGGCUUUAUUAAAAUUUUAGGCUCGAUAUCCUCCGAACAGGAGUUUCAACACUCAGAAAUUCUCUGCCAAGUUAGUCCCCGGAAAAAUACAUGCCUCCACAUAGCAGCAAGCUUUGGACACCAUGAUCUUGCCAAGUACAUCGUGAGAGAGUGUCCAGAUCUUAUCAAAAAUAAAAACUCCAAAGGCGACACGGCACUUCAUAUUGCUGCUAGAAAAAGGAAUUUAUCUUUCGUUAAGAUUGUCAUGGAUUCAUGCCCUCCUGGAAGUGGCGCAUCCCAAGAUGUAGAGAAGGCUGAGCCUUCAUUGCUGGGAAUUGUUAACAAAGAAGGAAAUACAGUGUUGCAUGAGGCACUGAUAAAUCGUUGCAAAGAAGAAGAGGUGGUGGAGAUCCUUAUUAAGGCAGAUCCCCAAGUGGCUUAUUAUCCGAAUAAGGAGGGAAAGUCACCAUUGUAUCUAGCUGCAGAAUCACACUACUUCCAUGUCGUAGAGGCUAUAGGAAACUCUGAAGUUGAGGAGCGCAUGAAGAACAGAGACCGCAAGGCAGUCCAUGGUGCCAUUAUGGGAAAGAAUAAGGAGAUGUUGGAAAAAAUACUGGCCAUGAAGCUCGUCCACCAAAAAGACAAAGAUGGAAGGACUCCACUUCAUUGUGCAGCAUCCACUGGAUAUCUCGAAGGAGUUCAAAUGCUGUUAGACCAAUCUAACUUGGAUCCAUAUCAAACGGACUCUGAUGGCCUCUGUCCCAUCCAUGUUGCAUCAAUGAGAGGCAAUGUGGACAUUGUCAAAAAGUUGCUCCAGGUCUCCUCUGACUCAAUAGAGUUACUAAGCAAACGCGGUGAGAACAUUCUUCAUGUGGCAGCCAAGUAUGGUAAAGACAAUGUAGUCAAUUUUGUGCUCAAAGACGGAAGGCUUGAGAACUUUAUAAAUGAGAAGGACAAUGGUGGAAACACGCCACUGCAUUUGGCAACCAUGCAUAGACAUCCUAAGGUCGUGAGCUCUUUAACAUGGGAUAAAAGAGUUGAUGUGAAUCUUGUGAAUGAUAGAGGCCAGACUGCUUUGGACAUUGUAUUAUCAGUGAAGCAUCCAACUACAUUUGACCAGGCACUAAUUUGGACAGCACUCAAAUCUGCUGGUGCACGACCAGCGGGAAAUUCAAAGUUCCCACCCAAUAGACGUUGUAAACAGUACUCUGAAUCACCUAAAAUGGACAAGUACAAGGACAGGGUAAACACUCUUUUGUUGGUUUCGACCCUUGUUGCCACAGUGACAUUUGCUGCUGGUUUUACCAUGCCAGGUGGCUACAACAGCUCCGACCCAAAUGUCGGCAUGGCUGCCUUGCUGAUGAGAAAUAUGUUCCAUAUGUUCGUCAUCUGCAAUACCACUGCUAUGUAUACCUCCAUCCUCGCGGCAAUCAUCCUCAUCUGGGCACAGUUAGGUGAUCUCAAUUUGAUGGAUACUGCCCUCAGAUUUGCAUUGCCACUCUUGGGGUUGGCCCUUACUGCGAUGUCCUUAGGCUUCAUGGCAGGUGUUUACCUGGUGGUCAGUAAUCUUCAUUGGCUUGCGAUUGUUGUCGUCAUUAUUGGAAUCAUCUGCCUUGUCGGUCUCCUAGUAUCCUUUUUUUUACUUUUCCUCCCAAGUAAGUCUACUAAUCGUAUCCUUAGGCACAUCUCCUAUUAUCCGUUUCUUAUAUUGGUAUGGGCAUCUAAAAGCCCCGAAAUGAAACGGGAAGAUUAGCUCGCCCUGUUGAUGAUGUCUGCUAGCUCCAUCUUCCCCUAUGUUUGUUGCUUCUUUCAGCAUUAUCUCAAUGACUUGGUAGACAAAGUAUGUUAUGUAUAAAUGCUUAGUGUGAUCAGAACUUCAAUAUAUUGAUGGUGUUGUACAUGACCAUUUCUUAUAUAAAUCUAUGGUUUUUGGAUCUAUAA